AUGGUAUCUGACAGCUACGCUCUAUAUGCACUUUCGAAGUAUGUCGCGCCGCGUAUUAGGGGUAACUUCACGUUUCUACCGGAGAUGAAGGAUUAUCUGAACGGAUGGAAAGCAUUUGCUGUACCCCAAGGUGCAGCAAACGAUGCACCAGCCGUCGUGUACGACCUCUACGGUAAACCUACAUUUUCUCAGACCUACUACAACGCAACUCGAUUACAGAGUUUCACUGGGACUUUCGAUCCAGAUAACAUUCUAGACAUCGAUCGGAAAGCAGACAUAUCCCACACUCCCUUCCUUAAAAAUAUAGACACCUAUCCUUCGACAUACAGCAGCGAACUGGCUCGGUGGGAGAGCGAGUUCACUCCGGCAUUUCAAGACUCGCUCAUCAACAUCGAUGCAACGUACGACCGUACCUGUUUCGGCGACACUACCAGUUCACAUUCCGAAACCAACUACUUUGACGGAUACGAAGCUCUCGAUUUCGCCAGGACCUUCUGCGAAGACAUCGUGGCUCACCGCGAAGAAGGAAAUGACCUGCCAUCAACUGUACGCGCUGCGCUAUGGACGAAGAACUUUACCAGGCAAUAUACACUGACGAAGAUCAAUCCUGGUAUGCAGUUAGUUUUCGCCGUGACUGGUGAUCCUGCUUCCUACAUCGAAUCUCGAAGCGCCGAAUGGCCGUUCGACGGGCCUGACAUAUCCGCCAACGUUGACCACUGUGUUUUAACCUACAAAGAUAUAAUCAGCCAUGUAAGUGAGAUGAAAUAG